AUGUUUGUAAAAUUCGACCUGGUCAAGGGGCCAUUGGUUACGAAGCUCCCAAUCUCAGCUACCGUAUACGAGCUAAAGGCUGAGCUUCAGAGCCUUCUCAAUAUUGAGCCGGAAACAUUGGAGAUUUCUGCAUCUGAUGUAACGCAAAAAAAACAAAUUAAGCCGGUUGUGUCUUGCUAUGAAGGCAACAAUUUUGUGGGCUUGAUACUAUUUUCCCUUGGGGGCGAGGAUUUCGCCGAUCCAUUAGUCGAUAAUUCGGUGUCAGACUCAAGUAUCGAAGAUAGUGAAUCUUCCGUCAUUGAGCUAUCCUCGGGAUCUAGUGGCGGAUCCGUCCAGCCAUCCACUAUUGAUUGCAAGCGAGGUAUUAAACGAAAAGCCCAAGGACAUGAAAUAACCAUAGAGACUAAACGGAUCAAAUAUGUUCUCGAAUCCAGUGAGGAGAGUCUAGAAAACCACUCGUAUGGAGAUAUGCAGGAGGCAUGCGAUAUGGGAGGCUGCGGAAUAAAGUCCCGACCACGCCCGGUUAAACAUGAAAUCGAAAUGGAACCUGAUGUUAUAAAUGGUCAGCGGCCCCCGUACGUUAACAUUCUCCCAGAGAACAGGCCGUUUGUCGUGGUUAUAUCUUCCUCAGAAUGUGAGAAAAACUUUUGCGACCUGUUGGAAGAGUUCUUUGGAAUUUUUAAGGAUUUCAGAAAUGUUCGCUGUUUGGAUUUCAAUGAGGUGACUCCAGACACUGAGUACAAUGGGCGGCUGUACAUUGCAGCGGCUAAUGAGGAUACGAUGGACUGGGUGGCGGGCAACGUAUGCUCCAUGGAGACAUAUCAGGCCACCAGUCUCAUAGACUUCCUACACCUGACACCGGCCAGAGUUACAUGGCCAAAGGUCGAGAAGUGUUUCCAAGCAAUUUUCGAGCUUCUGGAACAGCAGAAUGCUGAUAUUACGACGGAGAAGUGGGCCGUGGUGAGCCGCAAAGAUGCAGCCCCCAUAGUGACAGAUAUUUGUCCAAAUGAACAGCUUGAGAUCUGGAUGGAUGCAGAGAGUGUGGACAUCAUCAAGGAAAGAUGCAACAGACUCAAAUUUUUACUCUCAGCUGGACGGAAGCAAUUCACACAUUUUUGA